CUCUCUCUCUCUCUCUCUCUCUCUCUCUCUCUCUCUCUCUCGCUCUCGUUUCCUCUCGCCCGUUACUUGCCGAUUUUCUUCUCCCUGCAAUUCUCAUUCUCGAGACGGCGCGCUCGAGUGUAGCCUCGCGGUUAGCUCACUCUCCUUCGUUACGUCCGUGGAAUCACUGCUCGGCGAUCAAAACAAUCCCCGCAAAAUAAUGGUAGGAGUAACAACUUGUUUGUAGGAACGUGUCAAACAUUAGUACGGUCUGGAUCGGUUCUAAUAUCUUGGGUAAUAUAGAAACGACUGUAACGAGAUUAAACAUCAUCUCGAUGAAAAUCGCUCAUCACUUUUCAACAGCAUCAUUUCUUCUCUCGAGCUACGGGCGUCGACUUUUUUGGUAAAAAAUUAUUCUCAGCCGAAAGGUUUGUGAGACGAUAAUUGAUUAUUGCAUAUUGCAUAUAUAUAUAUCAAGGUCACAUCUUGAGAGAUCUUAAACUGAUCGGUACUUUCUAGAAUACAUCUCUGAAGUGGAUACAUGUGAUACGUCGAUCGGAAGUAGCCAUACAAAGUAGUCCCCAAACGUAAACAUAGGUGUUAUCGAUAGCGGUAACCGAAGACGCUCCGUAACAAUUAGACAAAAGUAGAUGUCAUGUAAACGUAAAAUGACACAGAGUUUUUGAAGUUGUGUUCGAAGAGAUCCCGAUAUUCAAAUUGAAAUUUCGUUAGACGAACGUUACGGAUUCGUGAAAUAUGAAUUUGUAUAUUUGUCAGAAGCGUGGCUAGCGGUGGAAGCUGUUGCAUUAUUCGACCUAACCAGCGCAAAAAGUUGGCACACCACCGUCCUAGAGUCCCAUUAAUCUUUUAAUUUUUGAUAAUUGAAUUAGUCCCGUGGCUAGCGCAACGGACAGGAGCACGACCGAGUUGUAGCGUUCUCCCUCUCUUCCUCGAGAACCUUGCAGUUUCUCCACCGCCGUUCUCUUCGCCGGUUCCGAGUGGACCCGGUCUCUAUCGGCUACCUCCUCCCCCCUUCUCUAUCUCCUGGUCGUCCACCGACUUCUCCAGCUUCUCUUGCCGUGCUCCACCGCCGCCACCUCCACCAUCUCCGACGACCAUCUCCGUCGUAACCUACCACUCUCGGACUCUCCAGCGUUCCCUCCCGCCCCCACCCCGCUGCUCCCUCCUUGGCCCUCUAUCUGGACGGGGAACCUCGUUACUCCGGCACGGUGGUGGAAGUCGCAACGGAACUUCAGUGCAGCUGCGACGAGCAGCUGACGCGGAAUCGUUUUGGUUAGUUGCUGCUCGAGGCUCUCCCGUCGCGAACGCACUGGGCCGAUUUUCAAUCGCGACGUACCGCGCGCGCGGUUCAACGCGACCGUUCAGUGCGCAUGCCCGUGUGCUUGUUGCGUGCCUCGAGUACUCGCAGAGAAGCUGCGCGCAUCGAAGCAGACGCGUUUUGGUGCACACCGUCUCGAGACUUUCCCGCACGUCAAAUGAACGGAGCCCCGAUCGACCGCGGCCAAGAGAAAGCAGCCUCGUCAACGCGUCGACGCCGAGUGUCGCGAGAUCGUGGCGAUUCGACGACCGAUCACUCGUCGGCCACGAGCCGAUCCGACGGUGGUUGAGCUCGCGAUACCGCCAUCGCUGCCAACCUCUUCCUAGCUCUCCUUCAAGACGACCAACACCGACUCGGUAAAUCGUCAAUGGCGAAGACAAAUAUGGAGUCGACGCGAGUGCCUUCGAUGUCGUUGACCCUAACUCUGGGUCUGACGUUCCUUUUAUCGGUCGCACAUUGCGGCGCCUCGGAAAGCAUAAUAGGUAGCCGCGAGACCUGCGACGUCGAGGGAGAAGACUUCACCGUCGACAAGAUCCCGAACACCAAGUGUUUCAACUGCAUAUGCAAGAACGGUUUCGUUGAGUGCAGAAAGCAACAAGAGUGCCCUAGCAUCGAAGGUUGCUACACGUUACUGGAGCCACGAGAAGAUGAGUGCUGCCACAGGUGUAAAGGAUGCGUACGAAAUGGGGUCUACCACGAGUCUGAGACGGAGUGGACCGAAGCUGAACCGUGCAGAGUGUUCACUUGCAAGGCUGGAGUGAUCACGGAGUCGCGACUGCAUUGCUAUACACCAUGCUCGAAGCCAAUUCCCCCUGCACCUGGCCAGUGCUGCCCAGUCUGCGCGGGAUGCUACGUGAACGGACAAAUGGUGACGGCGGACAGAUCGGUGACGACGACCGAGGACCCGUGCGUGACUUGCAGGUGCAACGCUGGUCGGCUGAUCUGCGCCAAGCAGGCCUGUCCCGUGCUGCACUGUCCUUCUUCGAGGAUCGUUCACGAUCCCGGCGAGUGUUGUCCUCGCUGCAAAGGCAGCGGAAGGUACUUGUCACCACCAAAGGGAGCGUGCAUGCUUGGAACGAUGAUCUACAAUUCGGGCAAACAGUUUUACGCCGACCAGUGCACACGUUGCAGCUGUUCUAAUUCAGCCGUGUCGUGCGUCAGAGAGACUUGCCCUGUCCACGACUGUCCGAGCGAGCAUCAAAUCAUCCUUCCUGAUCGCUGUUGUCCGCAAUGUCCCGAAGUCGAGGAAAUUCGACCGUCGUGUACAUAUGCCGGGAAGACUUACGGGGAUGGCGAAACUUGGAAGCUUGAUUCCUGCAAGGCAUGCGCUUGCACGCAGGGAAAGGUGCGGUGCGCGAUGCCGAUGUGCCCGCCGUUAAAUCUACCCUGUCCACCAAAUUCGAGGCUGGAACACCCGGAGGGCCAGUGCUGUCCACGUUGCGUCGAAAGCGACGGCGUGUGCACGGUCUUCGGGGAUCCGCAUUAUCGCACGUUCGAUGGAAAGUUUUACAGCUUCAAAGGCGCGUGCAAGUAUCAGUUGGCCAGUGAUUGCUCGAGCCACACGUUCAGCAUUCGGGUGACCAACGACGCCAGGGCGACCAGGUUCUCCGCGUGGACGAAAACGAUCGCCAUAAAGGUGGGCGAUUUGAAGGUGAAUCUCGGUCAGAGGAUGAGAGUGAAGGUGAACGGGAAGAAGGUAGAGGUGCCUUAUCGCGUGGCGAACCGUUUGGAGGUGAAUCGAACGGUGGACAGCAUCGUAGUGAGCACUCAAAUCGGAAUCAAAGUUCUAUGGGACGGGAUUAGUUUCCUAGAAGUCUCAGCGCCGACUUCAUACAGGGGUAGACUGUGCGGUCUCUGCGGAAACUUUAAUUCCCUACCAAAGGACGACUUCACUAACAGACGGGGUAGGUUGUUACAAGAUCCUCAACCGUUUGGUCAGUCCUGGGCGGUAGGAGCCAAGAGAAGUUGCGUCAGGCCGAAGCACACGGUUAAUCACGACAGAGAAAGACGUUGCAGAGGACGAAAGGAUCACAGGUUGUGCAAUCGGCUGAGGUCGCAGAUCUUCGACGCGUGCCACAAGAAGGUGAACCCUACCAUGUACUACAAGGCUUGCCUGCAGGACAUGUGCGAGUGCCCCAGCGAGAACUGCUACUGCGAGUCGUUCACCGCGUACGCGCAUGAGUGCAAGAGGCUGGGCAUUCAGCUUCCUCACUGGCGGAAAUCGACCAGGUGUCGAACCGGUUGGGACCAGUCACUGGGAUCGCCAGCGAUCGGCCCGCGUUACCCCUGAUCGGUUCGAGUUCGAAUCAGCCGACGAGGAUCGCGUAAACCGAUUCUUGUUUCGUGUUCGUCCAGUCGCGUCGACGCGUCGUGCUCGCGCCCCGUCUACGGACAAAACUCGCCUCGACGUCGACGACGUUCCUCGUGUCGCGGAACGACGUCCUCUGCCACCAGAGAUGGGCAAAAUUCGAAAUUAUGGUACGAGGACUGCUCGACUCGGAAAAUUACCAUUUUUCGGGAAUUACAAGUUCUUCGUUCGAUUUAAGCGAUAGGGUACAACACUUUAUCUACCAGGAGCCUACUUUAAGGGGGUAUCCUGAAUUAGGAGGUCUAAAAAAAGCGGUUUUUCGUGAAUUUUUUUAGAAUGGAAAAAAACAAUUAAUUCUAUUGUGAAUUUUUAUCCUAUUUUUAUACGUAUCUGAAUAGUCUGUACAAAAUUUUCCAACAAGAAAUAUUCGAAUUGAGUCGACCGUGACGCACAUUUGUAGAGCACCUUCACAAUUAAAGCCUCCUAUCGGCGGGAAAGAUGCGGGUCGUAAGUUUGAUUUGUCACAAAAAAAACCAAAACAAAUUUUCAUUUUCAUACAUUUUUCUUCUAUGUGAACUAAGAAACUUCAUACAAAAGAAAUUUUAAACAACUUUUUUAUCAAGUUAAAGUGACUUUUUUCAACCAAAGAACUCGUUCUUUUUUUUCAAACAUGCAGUAACUUCACAUUUCACCAUUUUUGCGGGUUUUUCUUAGCUCGCGUAGAAGAAAAAUGUAUGAAAAUGAAAAUUUCUUUUGGUUUUUUUUUUUAGUCAAACCAAAAUUACGACCUGCAUCUUUCUCGCCGAUAGGAGGUUUUAAUUGUGUAUAUUUGUGAAUAUUUCUUGUUCAAAAAAUUUGUACAGACUACCCAAAUAUGUAUAAAAAUAUGAUAAAAAGUUCGGAUAGAAUUAAUUGUUUUUUUUCCAUCUUAAAGAAAUUCACGAAGAACGGCUUUUUUUUAGACCUUCUAAUUCAGGAUACCCCCUUCAUUCCAUCGUCUACUUACAAGGACCUAUUAACUGUGAUGUUGGCUGUCUACUUAAGAUGCUUAAUUUGAGGAAAGGCCUUUCGAUAUGCCUAGUAAUAGCACGUAAAAAUUAAUAUCGGCCUAGAUAACAUCGAUCUAUACUAAUGUAAAAAAUCCUUUUCUAGGUUGUAGUCUUUUUCUACAUAGGCCAGUAGUUAAAGUGUUAAUUUAGAAAUAACCAAAAAGUCGGGGAUUAUUGAGUUUUACGGUAAAAUCUUAAAUUCUUAUCCAGACGGAAAUAUCGAAUAACCAAGGGGGGAUAAACAAACUUUUUAACUCUUACUCGCUGAAUCGCAAAUCUGCUAUAUUGAGAAAAUCAAUUUCCAACCUUUUUUAUACGCUGGGAUAUACAAUCAGUCCUACAAAUAUUCGUCUGUUGAUGAAAUUUGGUAAAAUCAAAUGGUAGGUGUGAUGUGUUCAAAUAAAUUUUUCAUUAUAAAUAUGUACAUGUGUAAAGUUUAUUUAUGUAUAUAUUUAUAAUGAAUUUAUUUGGAAACAUCGGACUUACCAUUUGAUUUAGACAAAUUUCUUCAGUAGACAUAAAGGGUACGAAUACUUUUGAUGCUCGUGACUUUCUAUGUCUUACUAGAGUCAAAAGAAUUGAAAAGUCUACUAGUAAUUGUAAAAUCUUCCACCAUCUAACUGGAGUUUUUGUUUUAAGGGGUUAGUCGCAGUCAGGAAAAUGGAAACGGACAGUUUCUUGUGUGUUUUUUUUUUAAGAUAUUAAAUAAUAAUUUUUAUUAAUGAAAUAUAAACAUAUUACAAAGUAUGUUUUAAAGAACUACGAAAGAAUUUUCGUUUUAAAAAAAGGUUAAUUCAUU